AUGUUGAGGCGCACCAGUUUUGCUGCUGGAAGAGCGCCGCCAGUGAUUGGACAAACACGUAAGGCACGAUUUUCUGGAAUUGACGACAACCCUACUAUCACUUUCAAACCAUGGGACACCAGUGAACCACUUAUGGCCGACUACGGUUGGCAAAGAGGACAGCUGCCAAAAUUUCGUGCUCGCAGUCCAUUUCAUCGGCAGCAGAUUGCUCGACGAAUGGUAACAGAAAUGAUACGGAAGGAUUAUUGCAUUGUAGGUGGUGCACGUGCCCCAGCACUCCGCAUAUUAGCCGAUCAUGUCGUUGAACUUGCUAAAGCAGGCGAUACCGAUUCGCGUCAGCAAUUGGCGUACUUUUUAAUUGAUCCACUUAUGGUUGACAAGGCCUUUGAUGAAUACCCCCGGCGAUUUAAAGAUAUGCAUGGUAAAUAUGCCAUGAUGACUCGCCUUAAGAGUCGUCGCCGUACGGAUGGAGUGGCCAUGUACUUUGUGGAAUACAAAAAUCGUGAUCUUAGUGAUAAUCAUAAGGGUGAAGAUUACACUACAGGACCUGAGCGUUUUUUCCUUCCCCCUCGCAUUGUAGAGACUGAGAAAGGUAUCCAGCGACCACCGCAUAUGCAGAUGGCAUUUGAUCGUUGGGCUAGUAAGUUUAAAACGGAGGAAUUUCACCAUUGGUGGCGCCUUCGUCAUGCAAAGCUGCGUUACUGGGGUGUACGCAAUGUGCCGCAUCCCAGUGAUGUAGAUCCACUCUGGACAGAGAAGGAGGAAGAAGAAUGGCACAAUGAGAUGCUUGCUAACACAGGCGACUUUGAGGAUUUAGAUCUCGAGGACGACAGUUUUGUUGCUGCAGGAGAAGGCGGAGAACCUUCACCCAGUGGAGCCGGUCCGGAGCUUCAGAAAAGGUCGUGA